AUGGAUCCAUUACCACCAAAAGGAACUCACAUAAGAGUUUCAGGACCUUCGCCCUUUGCUAGAAAGUAUGGACAUCCCAAAGGAGGCAUUCAUUCUGUGCUGAAAAGCUACCUGCCUCAAUUGAAAAGCGGCCUCACACCAGUAACUCCGGCACAAUUCUUAAAACCCCAAGAUCAAUUGGAUCUUGAUCAAGGUCUUGAAUUGUAUCAAAGAAUUAGGUUCUCGGGUUUUACCGCAGCAGAGUUGAAAUCAGUUCUAGCUUUGCCAGAUUCUCAGGAAACUAUAAGUCGAAGGAUAACCUAUGGAAGUGAUCUUGGAAAAGUCCCGAUUCAUCCAUUGUUGGAAAGAAGCAAUUGGCUAUAUGAGUUUCCGCAAAAUCUGGCUAGCGUGUGGAAUGCAAUGUUACCGGCCAUUAAAAUUGUAUCAAACAUUAUUGCUAACAUGCAUACGUGGGACUGGUUCAAUGCGUUACUGAAGGGUCCACUGGUAGAGGUUCCAGCAACCGAGCUUCCACCCAACUUUGACCGUCAUGUAAUGCGAUUCAAUUCCAUGGAGAACAGAAAAGACAAGGAACUUGCAUCUUACGCUAUAGAGCUAUUGGGGAAAAUGUCAAAGCAGGUCAAUUAUGCAUUGGUAGGAGCCAAAAGCACUCCCGACGGAAUGGCUGAACUAGGUAAUUUUCAAGCCGGCUUGACCAGAUGGUCCCCACGUCGAGGUAAAUCAAGCAGUCCGCCCGAACCUCGAGCUACACUUGUUACCAUCGCCUAUGAAUUGGUCGAGCCGUUGCUGAACCCUCUUCUCCUACCAGAGGACAGAGCCUUGGACGAUUUUCGCUUGGCAGAAGAUAUUCUUCACGAGACUGCGCAUGCUAUGGGCCAUCAAAUGGUCAGAAUGAACAAAGAACUUGAGGAUUGGGGCUGGGCCGAGCCUUACUUUGACAAUGAGCCUAUACCAGAAUUGCAAGUUUUUGGUGGCAUCUCACUCUCGGUUAUUAAUCCUGUGGAUACUGCGGGAUACUCCUCCGGAGGCAUGAUCCUCUAUAAUUGGCCUACGUACAGACAUGAGUUUUACACAGCUACUAUGCCCGUGCUGGCUCCGGAAAAGCAAAAGAAUUGGGAAAACAUAAUGUACUAUCCCAUUCCUGUCUCUUAUUUUAUGAGCCUCGAGUGUGAAGAAUUUUGGGACGUUUACGUGAGGAAAUUUGGCUCAAAGGCAACUCAAGCGGGUCCCAAGAUAAUAGGUGUUAUUCGACGAAGAGGUGAGACUGCGGCUGCUCUUAGACAUACUACGGAUACUCCGGGGCGUGAGAAAAAGGCGCCAGGAGUUUUUUCCAGAAAAAAGACUAAAGUCACCUAUUCGUUUGAGGCCGAAAAAAGAAGAUUGACCUUGAUAAUCAAGGAAGCAUCGAAAAAUGUCCACCCAAAGGUCUUAUCACCAAGGCUUCCUACUGGGGAACAUGGGUUUCAGCCCAUCGUCGGUCGUGCCGAUAGAGCUGAUGCUGUCGAAAUAGAUUUCCCCAGGUAUGAUGAGGUCAGAAUGUAUCUAGAGAGAAACAAGUUCGCACUUGCUAUACACACAUUUCAGUAUCAAUUGCCUGCGCAUUUGGUCAGAUGCUAUAUUCUUCGUCACGGUGGAAUUGAACUUACGAAUGGGGAAUGGAAAACAUUUCUACUUGUGGCGAACACGAAAGAUGAACUCUUUUACUAUUCUCUUGCCGGGUAUGGCGUCGUUCAAGUCAACUAUAAAGGCUGGAUGGAUCCCACACCACCACAGCAAACAGAAAUGAAAGUACCUCCGCAGCCCGACCAACAACUCACAGAAAUAUUUGAUUUCAUCUGUCGACGAAAUCUAAAAGAUGUAGAUCCACACGAAGAGUCUAGAGAUAUCGACGGUUAUCUUUUGAUGUACGACUCGAAUCUAAUAUGGAAAUCAGAAAAAUGCAAAGGUACAAGAACAGCACUCCUAGAGCAUCCUGACAUGCCAAACGGUUUUACCGAUGACGAAGCGGGCGAGGAAAUCUUCAUGGCGUGUGUGUGGCAUUCGCCAUACUUUGCAGAUGCGCCUUAUCGUCAGGGAAUUGCAAGAAGAGCAAGUCUUGAUGCCCCCGGGAUUGGCCCUUAUAUAGCUCCGCCACUGAAAAAUAUUCAUCAAAAUCUGACUAAGGGAGAUCCGAUGAGAUUGGGUAUCGGAGAUUUCCUUGGGGAGGAUGCGGAUGAAAUGUCUAUGCGAUGAAGGUCAUGGCGUAUCGCUGAGACCGAAAUGAGAGGGUUUGGUAGGGGCAGUUAUAGGGUUGUAGGUCGUAUAUAGGUUCAGGUUUGGAUGAUAGUAGUCUAUCUCCUUUUCAUUUAGUGAGGUUGGUAUCUGAGUUGGGGGUACGAUAUCCUCUAUCUAAGAACAAUUUGAAUGAUUGGGAUGGGGAGAGGCGUUUCAAUUAUCGCUUAUAUGGUAUGGAAAAAGAAGGCGGGUAAAAGAGUUUCUAAAUCAAAGCGCGGGCUUAGACUAUGCCUUUGUUUAUAUUUAUACGGUAUAAAAUCUCGUUCUCAAAUGCUCAAGAUUAUCCUUAUAUCGCUGAGGUCAAGUCUCUGGAUUUAUAACACGUGGCUGGAUAUAUAUGCAGUGAACAUAUGCAAUGCGGUAAAUAAAAAUAAUAUCGAAUCAAUAUACCAGAUCGCCUAAAAACAAAACGAUCACGCUCAUUGCACAACCUAUAUCCUCUGAACCCCUUAUUUCUUGAUGAGGUAUCCAAAUACCCCUCCUCCUUCCCUCUCUCGCUUCCCCCCAAAAUACAAAAACUGGGAUGUAGUCGUAAAUUCGGACAAACGGAUAAGGGGUGC